UGUUCCUCCCUCAGUGCGCAGGGGGUGCGUUCACGCCGGAUGUGCGGACCACCAAGGACUACCAGGACGGGUUCCUCCAGUUCGCGCGCAGCCACCCGCUGAUGUACAACGCGGUGCACCCCGAGCACGGUCGGCCCCUGGUCAUCCGCACCAACGUGGGCUACAGGUUCACCGCCCUGGCCGUGGAUCAGGUCGACGCGGUGGACGGGCGCUACGAGGUGCUGUUCCUUGGCACAGACUUGGGUACAGUCCAGAAGGUCGUGGUGGUGACGGAUUCGAAGGGUAAACUGGAGGAGCUGACGCUGGAGGAGGUGCACGUUUUCCGGACUCCUGCCGCGGUGAAGGACAUCCGAAUCUCCUCGAAACGACAACAGCUAUACGUCUCCUCGAGGGUCGGCGUUACGCAGCUCUCUCUCCACCGCUGCGCGCGCUACGGGCGCGGCUGCGCUGACUGCUGCCUGGCACGCGACCCCUACUGCGCCUGGGACGGGGAGACGUGUUCCCGGUACACGCCGGCCGUGAAACGUCGGAGAAGACGACAAGACGUCAGGAACGGUGACCCCAUCCGGCAGUGCCAGGGACAUCACAUGAAAGUGGGGAGGCUGGAGUCGAACACGGUACAGUUCGGUGUGGAAGGAAGUAGCACGUUCCUCGAGUGCCAGCCACGGUCGCCCAGGGCCAGCACCAAAUGGUUGGUGCAGCGUACUCCCUCUUCCCGACGGAAACUGCUCCGGCGGGACCCGCGGUUGGUGAGCACGGACCAGGGGCUGCUGCUCCGAGCGUUGGAACCGAGAGACGCCGCCAUUUACCACUGCGUCACCACGGAGAACGGCUUCAGCCAGACGGUGGCACGCCUGGACCUGCGGGUGCUGGGCCCGGCGGUGCUGGGGGUCCCAGUGGUCCCGGGGACAGACCCCCACACCCACCUCCUGGACGGACCCGCCAUCGACCGCUACUGCCAGGGCUACUGGCAGGGUCUGAGGGGCAACGGUCGGGGGCCCAGGGGCUGAGGGGCUGCCCCCCGAGGGGUGGGGGGGGGAAGGGAGGGGACUAGGGUGUCCCCCGCAUCCACUCACCCCCACCCCCAACACGUCCACGGAGCAGCCCAGUGACUGGGGCCUGCGGGGGGGAUGUUCGACUGCGGUGUGCGUCACACUGGGGGCUCGAGCUCUCCUGAGGCACAACUGGGAGGGGGCAGGGUGCUGGUCUGUAUCUCCUCCUCUCUGUGUGUCUCUCCCUUUGUGUGUGUGUGUCUCUCCCCCCUCUCUCUCCCUCAAUCCCCCUCUCCCUCUCCCCCCCUCCCCCUCUCACUCUCCUCCCUCUAUCUCUCUACCCGCCUCCCUCUCCCCCCUCCCAUUUACCCAUUAACCCAACACUCCAGGUCAGCCCUGUGUUUGCUGCUGGUGGGAUCUUGCCGUGCAGUCAGCUGUAACCGGCGGGACUGUGGGGGAACAGGGCAGCAAGGGGCGUCGGGAGGUGCCGUGGGCGGGGUCGGGUACAGAGGGGGCCCGGUUUACCGCCCCCAUUGUCCGAGGGCUCGUUCUCACUCCCACCUUUCCCGGGAACCUCGCCCUCACCUCGAAGAAUCCCGCCGGAGCAAACCGUUCAUUAAAUUAAGUGGUUUUACUUCUACUGUUGAA